AUGAGCGGCUGGUGCGCAAUAUGCCGCCAGAUGCAGCCGUGGGACGAGAUUCAGCAAAUUCUGCCCUGCUUCCACUAUUUCUGCCAGAAAUGCCUUAAGAAGUACGAGGAGACGUCAAAGAGCACUGCCUGUCCCUAUGCCAACUGCUGCUCGCCGAUCCGGGUGGCCGAUGACGUGCUGUACAACGCCUGUGAAAAUGAUGACUGCAACCGGAAGAUGGCGUUCGCCGGCGGGAAGGUGAUGAUCGCCGUCGUGUGCAAGCAUCGGCUGUGUCUCGAGUGCUUCGUCUACGCCAACACAAAGAUCAAGAAGGUUUGCCCGUUGAGCGGCUGCGAGGCGAUGCUCAACGAGGAGGACGUGCGCGAGAAGUGCGAGGGCCCGUGCAAGCAGGACAAGAAGCCCGACGAGAUGAACCCGACGCCUUGCUGCCAGGGUCAAUUCUGUCGGGAAUGCCUCGAGAAGGUGAUGCAAAACGGUGGAAGAUGCCCUGAGGGGAAGUGUAUCAAGAGGAACGGGGCAAAGACCAAGAAAAAGUAUCGCAACGUCAGGAAACAAAACUGCCUCGGCUCGGCCGAGUGCGACAACGAGCCGCUGAUGAGCUGGCCAUCGAGCGAGGAGUGCGAGCACGAGAUGUGCGAGAAGUGCCUGCUGGCGAUGCUCAACGAGGCCGAGAAGGAGAACACGGUGCCCCGCUGCCCAAACGAGAGCUGCAUGAUCAACUACCGGAUCGCCACGGUCCGCGCCCUGCGCACCAUGUUCACCGACAAGGCAAAGUAUUUCGACAAGCUCGAGCUGGACACGAGCCAGACGGUCGACGACUCGGAGACGCCCUACAAGCAUGUGCCCCGCGACUUCAACCCCACCGUCCGCGAGAUUGAUGUCAAAGUGAUGCUCAACGAGCAGGAGGACACCGUCAAAAUCAUCCAAUUCGACAAGAAGGGCCGUUUCCUGGAGCUGAUCCGCGAGGCCCGCUUUGCCCUCUCCAUUUCUCCCACCGAAAGCAUCUACGGCUACACGAUUCGCCGUGGUGAGGGGAUUGACGAUGAGCACUUCCCGAUCAAGGGCGCCAACGGCACCAAGGUGGUCGAAGAACUCGGAUUUACCGCCAACACGGUCGUUUGCAUCGAUACCAGCGGAGUCGUCGUCGCGAAGAAUGAAGUUAAGAAG